AGUCAGCAUACCUAUUUAUUAAUUUCGUUUACCUCUAACCUAAAUUUUCUUCAAAUUAUCAAUUAAAACACGAUAAUAAAGUUUAAAAAUGGCGAGUAGCAGACUGGAAAGAAUAGGCACCAUUUUUACAAGAGUAGAGGGCCUGAUCACUCGCAGUGCAAUGAAGGCAGACGACCGACCGCUGUGGUUCGACAUCUACAAGCGGUUCCCUCCGCUCACUGAACCCAAAUUCGCUAAGCCGUUGCCGGAAGUCAAACCCAUUAGGCCUAUUCUGUAUGAAGAAGAUGUUGUUAGAGCGAAAUUCCAUUCUGCCGGACAAGGCUAUGGCGCAAUCAACAUGCUCAGUCCAACGGGAGAAACACCCAUAAAGAAGCUAGUGAAACAAUACGAGAAGUUGAAGUCUGAAGGCGUCCCAGAGACCGAGCUAGUUGAGAAGGCUUCCGCAGCGGUUGACACGCAGUAUGCCCAACGACAACAAGAGGCUGCACAACAAAAAACGAUCGUCAAAAACCCAGAUUCAGUAACAGCGCAAGUUCUGGCAGAAGCAGACUUAAAAAUAUUUUCAAUGAGAAAUGAAUUAGUUUACUGUAGAAAAUAAAUAGUCUAGAUAAUUUGUAAUGGUGGUUAGAAAUAAAUAUUAUGUUUCAGAUUGC